CGAUAUGUUCAAGAAGUUGAUUAAAUCUAAGACUGUAUGGCUCAUAGACUUCUACACCCCCUGGUGCUCUCACUGCACCUAUUUUGCACCAGAAUUUGAAGUCAUUUCAAAGAAACUAAAAGGGAAGGUAAAGACAGGUAAAGUAAACUGUCAGACAUUGGGACACUUGUGUAGAGAAGCGGCUGUAAAUGCUUACCCGACACUUAAAUUAUACGACAAAUCCGCGAAAUCGGCAAAAGGCAUACCCGUUGAGGGCUUCGGUGCCAAAGAUAUCGUGCCUUUUGUUGAGAAUUUCUUAUCCGAUAGUUCACAAGAAAAUAUAAUUCGAGACGAAUUGUGAUAAAAGUUACCCUGAUACAAUGAAACGUUUACAAGAUUACAAUCUAUUUAUAACAAGACUUUAUUUCUAAUAAUUUAUUCUUAUUUUCUCUAUAUUUUACUAUAUUUCUUAUUUUUACAAUCAGCCAU